GAGAAACAAACUUUCGGAACCAAUUUGACCGUACAAAAUUGUUAAGUAACUCGACGACCAACAACUUUCAACAAUGCCCGCUGAAACGCCGAUCGACCAACUAAACAAUACGCUCAAAGAAAUCGUGUACAGAACGAAAAAUGUGGAGAAGUUCAAAAGAUUGUCAAGGCAUACGCACUACGAUCUCAGAGAAGUUGAAGUUUUGGCGAUAAUUCAUCGAAAAUGCGUGCAGACGUUGGGCCCCAUGAGCCGAUCAAUAUUUCGCGACAUUUUCCAAUCGGGUUUGGAUUUUACGGAGAACAUACGCCAUUUGUUAAUCGAUAGGUUGUUCGGUGUCUUCGAUACGAAAAACGCGUUGCAGAUACACGUCGAUCAAUGGAUCGAGGGACUUUCGGUGGCGUUGCGCGGUUCCUUGGAUGAGAAGAUACAGUUCACUUACAAAGUGUACGACAAUCUGAAAACUAAUAGACUGAAAAGGGACCAAAUAUUUCCCAUAAUGCGCGGGUGUUUGAUCAAACUGCAGAACGACGAAAACCCGGACGAAACUGUUAAAGAUCUCAUAGAUCUCUUGCUAAAGAAGCUCGACGUGGAUCGCGACGGUUCGAUAUCGGAAGAUGAUUUUAAAACAGCCGUGAAAGAAAGGAAUCGACUCUUAUUAGAAUGCUUUGGCCCGGUUUUUCCGUCCCGAGAAGCUCGCCAUGUCUUCAACAGGACGUUCACUGAUCGUGUUGGAUGUUAUUAAGAACCAUCGCUGAUUCUCACGCGUUCGCCUACUCAAUAAUAAUACGGAUCCAGUUAUCGGAAGACGAGCCGCCGCCAGGAAAUCCGUGGUUCCGUGUGAACCAGCCGAGCGACUUCGACUGUUCCGAUGUGUACUCUUCCCGGAGUGUGCCGACGACGAUUCCUAAAGAAUAAUUCAAGAGGAACGCCGAUCGGAAAGCCAAGAGCGACGCCGCCAACAGGGGAGGAAAAUGUGCCAAAUCAGACAGAAGAGAUCCGACUAGGCGCUGUCCCACGCUCCACUAACUUUUCCAUGUCGAGCCUGAGCUGCAUCCCUUAAAACCGAUCGAACGUCCUCGACUGACUCGCCUCGUCUCCCAAACAAUCGUUAAUGGACCGCGAUAAUACCAUUCCCUAAUCGCAUCGGGCGCAAUCCGCGUCGCAAUGGUUGAAAGGGACUCGAUCAACUGCUCGAUCGAGCUCGGUGAGUGCAAAUUAUCUCCUCGGGGAGUGCGUUUUAUUGGAGCAUCGCUUUUACCACCGGGUAUCGGGGGCUCUCGAGGAAGUGCUUGCUACGAGAAAAAGCAGUAUAGCAGAUCCUAAACGCUCGACCGACGCUAUACAUUCGUAUCUGGACCGUGAAUCUUUGUCGCAGGGUGAAACGUUUCCGCGUCGGUUACAGAAAAUCGCGAUUCGGCGGACAACCGCUUCUUGAUUUAUUCGCGAUUUCAACGCCGUAAUCGUCGAAUUGGUUCUUGACCUUUGUUCUCUCGUGGCUACCGAUAUCGUUGGAACGAUUGCGUAAGAAUUCUUCCGAGAAAUUUCAUUAUCCGAGCAGAUAUUUCUCGCGAUUGAAAUCGCACGAAGCUCGAAUGAAUUUGAUUUCGCAAGACUUCGCCUGGCGUCGACGCGCCGAUCCGAAGACCUCGACGAAUUUGAAUGGAAAUUCGCAUCGAGAUCUCCGUCGCGCUCCGAACGCGAAUUAAUUCCUGCCCGCCGAACGCCAAUGGCGUCGCGUCUAUUAAACGGGCCGGUCAAAGCGUUGAUAGACUAUUACGAAAAACAAUUCGACGAUACGGCAUUGUCGCAUUGUUAAAUAUCUCUCAUGGGGCUCGGUGCCGGGCUGGCACAAAAGCCGUCUCGAUUAAUAGAGACGGUUAGCCGGAUAGGGUGGACGGGGGUGGAUAGGGCAAAUAUGUAUACACAGAUUGCGAGUGCCGAGCAAACACGGAGCCGCGGAAAAGCCGCAAUAGCGGGACGUCGGUGCGAGGCAACGGUGUGGGUCGGUGGAGAUGCGUUACAAAAAAGCAUAAUGAAUGUUUGAGGAUCGGUACGGUCGAGCGACUGGCCCGAUCCGCGUCUCAAGCAGCUAUAACAACAAAUUAAACGAGAAAAUCUCGAGGCUUUCGUCGAAACGUCCACCCUGGCCCGAGGCUCGAGCUACAAUGCGUGGGCGUGCACACGUACAACGGCGUGUAACACCAACACGCGCGUUCCGCCUCGACCUGCUCCGAGAGUCCUCUCAUUCUCUCUCUCUCUCUCUCUCUCUCUCUCUCUCUCUCUCUCUCUCCCUUCUUGUCUCCUUUUUUCCGUUCCUCCGCUUCCAAAAGGGAGAAGGUGGAACGAUAUUCUGUAAAGAGUAUAAUAACGUGCGUAUGAAAGGGCAGAUCCUUUGUGGGUAGCCGACCGUGUCUUGAAAGGAUCCACCAGGAUCUGCCGUGUAGCGUCGAGCCGGACCCGUAGCCGGAGCCGGAGCUAACCGAGGUGGGGGACCGAGGAUCGUCGAGAUCGAGAGUUAGGGCACCAGCUGAGAAAACAUGCCCGUAGCGUGUCGACAGCGAAAUGUUCGUAUUUGUGUCGGGGACCGUGGAUAUGCGGUGUACAACGCCGCGGAAGAAAAGAUAGUGGUAGUCCAGGAUGUUCGUAAAUUCGUAGGUGGCGAGACCAGGCCACGUGCACCGCGUCGAUUGAGACCGUGGAACACACCUUGACCGGUGGACUGACGUUAGAAUUCGAGGACAGCGUUACGGAUCACUCAGAAAAUUGUCGACGCAGUACUCGCUAACUGCACAGCUAGCUCUCGAAGUAAUCUGUAGACUACGAAUUUGAUGCAUUUCUGACAAAAUUGGGUGCUCGUAACUUCGAACUAUUAAAAUUUAAAGAAUAGAAAACUGUCGAUACACGAGUAUUUUCAGCGCAAAUAUUUAUUUCGCAUAAAGAUCCGCAAAAUAAGGUGAAACGAUAUUAAUCCGUCGAAACGCCUGCGUUUCACGUUUAUUAAAUUCGUAUGUGUACGUAUACAUUAUGAAUUCGUAAAAUAACCACAGUCCAGUCCGAUUAAAAGUUUGCACAGCGAUCGUUUCCGACAAAUUGAGGACUUUCUUUCGGCGAGACUCGAAACAUCGCGCGAACGCUGCAGCUGCAAUUAACUUUCCCUCGGAGCGCAAUUUAGCUAUCGUAUGUUACAAGGAUUCGUCACAGGUCGGAAGCGCCGCAGUACCCGUGGCGCAAAAGCAUAAAUAAUAAUCAGGUUCGAUUACUCGGAAUGGUUGUGAUUUCGACGGAACGUGAUGAGACGGCGAGCGAUUCGAUUUGCGUGGCCCACGCCCACGCAUCAAAAGCGCCGGCACCGUGGUCGACGGCAAAGGAUUACGAGAACACACCGGGGCAAGUCUCUUUCUCGGCCGAUAAAUCCAACCGGUAAUUCGUGGUGGGGGCGCGAUUCACGUGAAAUCCAAUGCGUUUCGUGGAUCGUAUUCGCGCGUAAAUACGCGACGGCGAGGGGUGCGGGGGUGGCGAGGACCGGAGCAUAGAAGAGACGAACAAGAUCGAAUGAAAUCGUGCUUCUUGUUUCGCGCGACACGUGACCCGGUGACCUUACGAACGCCGCGAUUCAGGCAAAGCGUGUAAUUUAACGGAGAUUGAAAUUGAAUACAGACAUUCGCGUGGGCUGCUUAGCGCUUUUAAUUAUCGUACUCGCUCCGCCGCGCCUGCUCCGUUAGUAUUAUAAUCUCGCGCGGCUCAUAAUCUAUAUCCAGCCGUUUCCAAUCGGACUCGGAUUAUACGGUGAAUCGCGAUUUUUAUUUCGUUCCAUUGUUUGCCAAAAUGUCAGGGAACUAUUCGCGUAAUCUCGACGAUUACCGCGCGCGUUCGUUAGGUACGCGUGUCAAAGAACCGAUCGUUAAACCUAGUCUUAAAUGAGAUUGUACUUUUUAAUUGUAUUAUGCCAUUUUAUUUCGUAAUAACGAGACUAUUAUAAAAACGGUAGACGGCGACGAAUAAUUUAAUGAGAAUGAAACAACGAAUCGAAAACGAUCGUAGACGUUACUAAAGGAUUACUAAUGCGAGAACACUUUUACGUUGGAGAAAACAUUCUUAGCAAUUUUUUAACAUCGGCAGCAGUAAAAUAAAAACUCUAGAACCUGUCGUCUCGAUCGACCUGGCAGCGCCGGCACAAAAACGGUGUAUCGAAGUAGAACACCGAGUUUAAAAUUGCCACGUAAAUCCACGGUCUAAUUACCGCUACGCUCGCGAAACCGAAUCCAGAAGCCACCCCCGCGAAUCGAGCCCGGAAUUCAACAGGUCGUUUCUCUAACUGCUAACGCAUAGCCCAUUACUCGCACCCCGAGCCUCGAUACAGCCGCUUUGCCAGCUGCCACCGUAAUUAUUUACCAUACAGUGAUUCUUGUUACAGAACAACCCGCGCUCGUAUUUCCGUCCCUUUCGACCGAAACGUAAUAAUUCUUGGCCGGUCGGCCGUAGCCGGUGGAAACCGAACCGAUACCGAGAAAACCGGGGGACCGUAGCCUCGGCCGCGAUAAAUCAGCGGAUUCGUUAGCGGAAUCUUCCUAAAUCCAUUUGUCCGGGAGGCCGAACGUCGGGGUAGAUCCCGCUGUUUCGACAAGCCGGUGUCGUGUUCGAACGGGUGACCACGUGCUGCCGUUCGUCCCUUUCCUGUUAAGGCAACCGACUCCUUUUUCCUCUAAACGGAACCUCCGAUUCAUUAGCAUUUCUUUCACGGGGGACGAAAUUAAUUCGUUUGGGUCCACGAUACGUUCGAAAUUAUUUGGCGUUCCAUCGACCGCUGCUCGUACAAUUUGCCGCGCUCCCGGCAAAAAUGGAACUAUUUUUGAUCCGACUAAAAAGUUGCGUGCACUGAAAAUAAGACGAACAAGACUGUGGAACGAAGACGCGGUUUCUUCGUCGAACGUUGCACAACGUUUCGUUACGCGAAUCCCCGCGUCGCUCGCCGUCAACAAAUUGUCGUUCCCUAGUCGUUUCCGGGAGAGCCAUCGAAAUAAUUUCUAUUCCCAGUUCCAAAGACGGAGAAAUAAUUACUUUAGCCCCAGGCUGUCCCAUUACUCCGAGUCUUCGCGUUCUCCCUCGCCGCCUCAUUUGUAACCAGCGCCUCUCUCGCCGCGCCAUCCUCGAGGAGGAAAUGUUUCAAAACAUUCGGUCGCGUCGAGAAAAGCGGUGAAAACCGGCCGACUCGUUCGUCUCGCGCGGCGCAUCUCUAUCCGGUGUGUUGCAUCGGCGAGGCGGUUCAUCGAGCAUUCGUCGAGCGCGCGAAACAUUGCGCAAGCGUCUCAGCUGGAGCAGAACGGGCCGCAUCGAUAUUUAUGGGGCAGCGGCGGGACCGAAAGCGGCACGGGGAUUUUUCCGCGCGGGAAAAGCGAUCUAACCGCGCGGCGCGGCGCGGUCCACGCUUCCGACGCUUUCGCCUAUCCGUUAAUUAAAUUUAUUGGCCGAGCGGGGAGCGACCUUUCGCCCGUUUCCCCCCUCGCGGCGCGCCGGUCCCCGCCGCUUGGAAUUCGCGGAAUAAUAAAUUUCUGGAUGCUUGAUUUAUCGGGUCAGCCGAUCACCGGCGAUACCGCGUAGGUGUCGCCGCGGCAAUGAUUAACGCUCGAUGAACGCGGCCGAGUUUUACAAUCGCCGGUUUCCCUGGAAUCUCGAAGUAGCCGGCGAGUCCGCUCGAGGACCUGUUCGAAACCGCGGGGCCGAUUGCGAUCGAAAGAAAUUUGCGAAUUCGCUUUUCCGCCUUUUAUACCCCCACGCGCGCGCGAUUUGCAUCGGGAACAAACCAAACGACCCGUACGUGUCGGCGCGGCGGCUGCCGGUGGACGAGGACCGGCCAGUGCCAACAGUUUUUCGUCCGCCGCCACGAGUUACUGCAUAAUAACGUAAAACCGAGAGCGCGCACUAUGGAGCCAUUAAUCAUUGUUGUUGGCUACAUUUGUCUCUGUCCCUGGAACUCGAAUGAUACUCGUGGGAAUCGGCGAAAUCUGGCGGCCGAGGUGCUAACGAAUAUCGGUCGAUUUGCACGUUUCGCGCGAAAGCGACGAUUCGAGCGCGAUUGUGGUUUCAACAUGGUUUUGAAACUUUGCCGUUGGAAUUUAGCGUCGAUAACGAUCCAUUCCGGGCGUUCGCGCGGGUCAACGUCUGGAUUAAACGUUCGAAAUUUCGUAGAGCCUGUCGAAUUUAUCGAUUCUCUUAUACCGGAGUAAAAAUCUUCGACGAAGAAUCGAGAUUCUCUAAAAAAGAUCAAAAUGAGAGAUAGGGCAACGAUAACAAUUACUGUAGCAGCAACCCCUUUGAUUGGGGUGACGCGCAAAUUUAGCGCGUCUUGCCCUGGGUGCCACGGUUUUAUUUGAAAGAAAA